GAUACGUGCCGCAGGGGGUGAAGAGUGAAGAGCCUCGGAAACAUUCUCGAAUCAGUUUCGUGCGGCGCGAUACGUGAGUGUGCGCUCUGUGUUUGUUUCCUUCGAGUGUACGAAAAGCAGUCUUUGCUGAAAUGAGUCAAGAAAAUCAAGUCAUCCCGCCUCCCGUAAUAUGGGCUCAAAGAGCAAACAUUCUUUAUGUAACAAUUUGCUUAGAAGACUGUAAAGAUCCAACACUCGAGAUUGAGUGCGACAAGAUUUAUUUCAAAGGAGUAGGAGGAACUGAUCGCAAAAUGCAUGAGUUGACGAUCAAUCUUUUUAAAAGCAUUGAACCUGAGAAGACUGUGCGAAGUCCAAAGGAAAGAGUAUACGAGCUUGUGCUUUACAAAAAAGAGGAAGGUCCUUACUGGCCUCGUUUGACCAAGGAGGACAAAAAGUUUCACUGGCUCAAGAGUGAUUUCAACAAAUGGAGGGACGAGGAUGACAGUGAAGAAGACAGCGAAAGCCAACCAAAGGACUUGGAAUCGCUCGGCGAUUAUUCGCAGGUGAUGCGAGACUUGGGAUAUUUGGGUGGCGCUAAGGACGCAAAGCCAAGUCUGGACGAUCUAGAAGAUAAUACAGAAGAUGCGACCGAAUCGGACAGUGACGACGAAGAUUUGCCGGAUCUCGAGUGAAGAAAAAGAGCGCCAGCGCAAUGAAAAUUCGAUAAUAAACUCAGUUUAAUCCUCGUAAAAGAAACAACAAAAACAAAGUAAAAACAAAACUAACAUCAAUUGAAAUUUGGAGAAAACAAAAGCAAGAAAAAAAAAGUAAGCGGUUCAGAAUGCGCAUGGAAUGCGUGGUCAAGCCACGUAGUUAGUGUUUCACUGGCUGUACGCGUAAUAUCUUACCGCGAUGAAAGAGAAAGAAAAAAUUCAUUUUCAAUUUGCAAAUAAUAUUUUGCAAAUUUACGAAAGGGCCAAUGACGUGUAUUAGCGAAUGAAAAGCAAAUCGGAGGUGGGCCAAAAUAUUGUUACCGAUGGGAUAAUUCAUCAUCGACGAAAGCCGAUGUUAACUACGUGAACGGCAAUAUAGUGUUCAUCAAAAGGCCCUUUUUAACAACCUCUGGAUUCCUUCGUUUUCCUCGUACUACCGCCCUCUCCUCUUUCUCUCCUCCCAAAAUCCUCUCUUUAACUUUAGUUCGUAAAAUAAGUUGUAAUGGAAAAAAGCUUUUUUAAUGAUGGUCGAUUGAAUGUGUAAAAUAUUUAAAAGUGACAAAAAAAUAUGAUGUGCAGAAAACGAACCGACUUAUUGAAGACUGUAGUCGUGCUACCAUUUAUGGAGUAUUUUAUUCAGUGCACACACUACAAAACACAAACAUUCACACGUUGAAUUCAGUUAAAAUGGUCGAAUGCUUAUUCCAACAAAACGACCACGAAUCUUUUUUUCAUUGGUACAAUCAGAAUUAGUGAUUGAAAUUUUAAUACUUUUUUUGUUAUUCUUAUUUGGAACGAAUUUUUUCUAUGGAAUAGGCAAUCGAGAUCAUCUAUAAUUUUCAAUUAAAAUCGAUACCAGUUUAUAUUUCAGACUUCACAUUACUUUUAUUUUCUCUAUUCUAAAUAUUAAGAAACCUUUUUGCGUCCGCCCUUUUUCUUAGGCAUAGCUCGCGAAUCACAAGACUUGCACGUUUUUCACGAUUCACCGUGGAAUUAUUAUUGUUAUUUUCAUUUUCUUUUUUGACAAGUUUAAUCAACCUACGAUACUAGAAGCACCUCGCAGUGCUAAGUAUCCAGCAGUUAUGUCCAUCGGCAAACUCCUUACCGUCGAGAAUUCCUCGGCAGUCGCAUAGUACAAUUUAGUCUGAGGAUCGGUGUACCGUGCCUGCAGAAGACCGAUUAAACAAAUGAAAAAAGCAAGCGAAGGAUUUGUAACGAAACUCGUACAACAUAUUAGCACGCAUAAAAUGAAUGUAAAUUAAAGUGUUUUUUUUUUCGAAUACGACUCUGUUCCAAAUAGAUUUUUUUGUUAAUCAAGACGUAAGAGAAUUAUUCGAACGUACCGGUAAACCAGAAAUGUCCGAAUAUUUUUUAGCGGGUCUGAAACUCGGCGGAGCAUUUAUGCAGCUGUCUGGAAUUGUCAAAACGAUGAAAAUAUAGUUGAUGUCGCAGUAUUUGGAAAAAAUUACAAACUUUGAUGCAACGAAGCGUUAUAAAAUCUAGUAAAAUUUUUAA